GGCGUUCUCUGAUGGCCUACAGGCAAGAGUGGAACUGGACAAAACGGUGUAACAACGAAUCCGAAAAAAAUUUUUGUUGGUGUUCGGACAAGGAGUUGCACAGGACUAUACAAUGAUGUCUUGACAACAGUUGUGAUGAACAAGCCUUAUUGACCACCAGUUAAAGUCUCCGUCCAUCAGCACUGCAUUUUGACCAUGAAGCAGUAUGUCAUUAAAAGCAUCAAGGACGUCGAUAUCCGUCUCUUGAUGUUCCCCGUCUUUCUGCUUGGUUUGACAUUCUUCACCGGUUCUUACCUCAUUCUCAGGCGCAUCCUUUAUCGAUUCCUUGCCAAGAAGUUGGAAGCUGGCGUCAUUUGUGAUAUUGCUGAGAAAUGCAUUUCUUCACUUCAAGCCAUUCUCGCCACAUCUGCUGGAAUAGCUAUAGCUACCAAUUGUAAAGAUAUCAUGAAUGACAGUUACUGGGUGACGGACAUGUACGCCAUGUUUGCCCUGCCCUAUUUUUACUACGACACCUGGGCUGGGUAUCAGACUUAUAUUCAUAAUAGUCCACAUCUAAAAGACAAGGACCUCACACAUAAAGUCAAGAAUUACAUCAGGAAUCGAAAGAUAAUGCUCAGCCACCAUAUAUUACUGCCAACUGUUCUCUAUCCGAUAGUAAUGUUUUUCAGAAGAGGAUUGGGAGAUUUUUUCAUUGGGGCUUUCUUCAUCUUUGAGUUCACUGUUCCUUUCAUAGCACUGAGGCACAUUCUCGCACGGUUGCAACUCAAGACAAGUCCAUUUUACCUCCUGAGCGGAAUUCUGAUGACCGUGACCUUCACAUUCGCUCGAGUUCUCAUCUUCCCGUACCUCUACUGGCGAUACGCCCUCUAUAAAUCAAUCCCGAUAUGGCAGGUGCCGUUUGCAAUACCGAUGAAGUGUAACCUGGGUUGUUUGUUUUUGUUUGUGUUCCAAGUAUAUUGGUGGACACUUAUGGUACGCGGCGUCACCAAGGUCAUAUUUCGCAUAAUACGCUUUAACAAAAGAAAAGAGACAUAGCAAGGUGAAAGAUAUCUUAAGAAACUUUGUAAAACCUUCAUUCAGUACGCAAAGCAACGUCUCUUUGCUGUCGAGAUUUGAUCAUGAUUAUGAUUUUCACAAUAUGGCACGAUUUGGAGUUUGUUGUGAAAUUAACCAGUUGAUCUUUUGAUGGAUGGACAUUGAAGUGUAACAUAAAGACUUGGAUAUGAUGUAUAAUGUCUUAUGCACAUGGAUUCUCGUAAAAAGCAUGAGUAUUGAGACAACAAGUUACCGGUCUGUAUAAACAAAUAUCAAAAGUCCUGUGGUUAUUGUUGUGAGAUUUUGUUUCACUAGCAUGUUAUGAAUAUAGUUAUAGUACAUGUUUAUGUUUGUUACAUGUGGUGACUGGUUAUCUGCCCAAAAUGGUCAAAAAUUUAGUGUUUUUGAUUUUAAUUCUCAUUUUGCUAAUACGUGCACAUAAUUCAUCUGUGGCCCUUGUUUAAUUUCAUAUCAUUUUUCUCUUGUUUGUUCUGAUCAGACAAGCCUAACCCUUUGCACAGCGUCUUUGACUCUUGUUAAGUUUCUCGCUCUAUUGUAAUGUCUUUCGUAACUGCGGCUGUUCUUUUACACUUAGACUAGCUUUCUUCUAUUUAUGUUGUUGAUUCCAUUGUAUGAAAUUGACUACCCCGGUAUUUCUCUUUUUUGUUCAUUAUAG